AUGGAAUAUGAAACUGGAAUGAAACCACGAUUUGCUAUGACUACACCUCAAAGGAAUAAAAUUCAUUCCACAUGCGCGCCUUACCGGUCUUAUUGCCGCCAGUGUGCAUGCACAAUAAAAAUUGAUCAGAAGAGAUUUUACUUACCAAACCCUCGACCACAUCAACUGUACAUUAUUGGUUUAUUCGAUUUCCAUGGCGGUCGUACUUGUCAGUUACAUAGAAAUUCAGAUAUUUCUCUUCCGCUCGCUUUCUUAUAUACGUUGACGACCUUCUCUCAACGCUAUUCACAAAUAAACCUACUUCGGAACCUAGAUAUAGGUACUAUAUUGGUUGACUCGUGUUCAUCGGGACGAAAAACUGUUGAAGCAGUGGUAUUUGCAGAAAAUCAUUGCUUCACCAUCGAACAAGGUGGUCAAAACAUUACAAUAGUUCCGGGAUCUGUUUUUGGAUAUGCAUCUGCUUUGAGCGGUCGCGUGGGUGAAGCAUUAAAAGGACUCUUCAUAUCCGGAGAUAGCUUGCUGGUAUCAUUAGAUGCAGAUCAUGAUACGGCAUUAGAUGCAAUCUCCGCUGUCCCAUCAAGAAUGAAAGAAAUCCUGGCCCUUCUCAAACUGCUCAAAAAGUUUUCCUGGGAAUACAUCUCCAUCGUUAUUUCUGAUCAGGAGGAUUUAUCACUGAGCACUUAUCGACAGUUUGAAAAACUUGCUACGGAGAAUGGCAUUUGCAUAGCUGAAGUUAAAAUAGUAAAUGGAGAAGAAAUAGAUCCAACGACGACAGCUAAUGUCACCAUAUUUUUCACAAGUGCUUCCGAUGCUGCUGCGUAUUUUACUGCUAAACUACGUAGAGAAUUUCUUUAUCCGCAUGUUCAUAUUGUCAGUGGCGAUGCACAUGAUUUCUUUCUACAUGAUCCGUCCAAUGUUGCCAGAUUUGUGGGCACCAUAUCUUUGCAGCCUAAGGAUGUAAUAUAUGACGAAUUUCGAGCUUGGUUAGAAAAUAUUACACCACUUAGCCUACCAGAAAAGUGGUACUGGGAAUACGUUGAGAACCGAUGGCAGUGCGCUUUAUCCGAAGCAAAUCGAAACUUUUAUGAAGGCAAAAUGUGUACUGGUGAUGAGCUGUUAGAUCUGCAGAGUUUAGGAAGGAUGACGAAAAGCGGGUACUUUGUACGUAGCUUGGAACGCUUCUUGUUUGCGAUGGAUUCUGUCUAUAAGCGAUUGUGUCCAGAGCAAGUUGGUGUUUGUGAGGAGUUUUACAUGAAAGGACGCGAACAAAUUUCAAAAAUCCUUAAAAAAGCUGAAACUGAGCAUGACUUUGUCAUUUACGAAUUCAUGCCAGACGGGCAAGCACCUCAUAAUUGUGAUGCCAAUAAAGCUUUAGGUUCAUAUGCUUACCGAUGCAUUGGGAACUAUUCGGACAAAAGCGGCUUCAAAUUUUCAGAACCUUAUAAAUAUUUCGGUGUUUUUGAUCAUGUAUUGGAAGAAACAUCACAACUAAAAAUUAUGUCACAAUGCACUUCACCAUCAUGCAGAUGCUUCCUGGACGUAAAAUCGAUGGUAGUGCCAUAUUCGGUGUUUGAUGAAUCCGGCGCACCUGCCGGUUCGUACAUUCAUCGCGUACCCACAAAUGAUGCUUUCCAACAGCUUCAAUUUCCAUCAAUUUUGGAUCGGUUAACAGCAGGCCAGUGGCGCUUGCAAACCUGGAAUUACGUACUGGCAGCAAUAGUAACUGUAAUGUUGAUCGGAGCACUGGGAGUACUGUUCCUAGCAAUAAUCAAACUGUACUUCCGAGUUAUUAAGGGGAAUCAAUCUUUGGGAUUAUCACUGCUUAUGGGUGUCAUUGUUCUUUAUAUGACUGGAUAUGUUUUCGUCUUUGAAUCAACUGAUACCGUUUGCCGACUUCGUAUUGUACUGCAUCCAGUGGGUUAUGCAUUUUGCUUUGGAGUGAUGAUUGCCAAAGCAACACAAUUGAAAAAUGCUGAAUCACUGGGAUUUUCUGAUGCUGUUCGCAUUAGCUACUGGAAUUAUUGGCUUCUACUGCUAUUCAUAAUGGGCGUUCAGAUUGCGCUUUCUUCAAAAUGGCUGACAGAAGAAUUUGUAUCGGUGAUAGCACUAAAUGACGGACAGUUACGCUUAGUUUGUAAAUAUGGUAAUGAUGAAUUCUUGUUGUCACAGGCUUAUGUCAUCAUGCUUCUACUCUUGGCGCUUUAUCUUAAUAGCACCAAUAAAAACAUUAAGCGAAAUCACAAAGAAACAAAAUGGCUCUUCAUAUCAUCAUUAAGUUGUGCCAUUCUUUGGGUUAUUUGGAUAGUGAUUUAUGUUUUGAUUCCAUCUCCAUAUAAGGAUACGGUUAUCGUUCUUGAACUACUUUUAUGCGCAUCCGUUUUGCUUGGAUUUAUUUUUGGUCCAAAGAUUUAUAUAAUGUUGUCAUAUGAGCCAGUAGUUGUUGAAAUGCGUCCCCAGAAUUCAGUGAAAGAUUUUGUCAUCAAUAGCGAUUUGUUCGAAAGAGAGAGAAAUUUGAAACGUACCUCCUCGUUAUCGAAUAGUUUGGAAUCAAGCAAAAGUCAUAUUCAUUCAACUUGCAGUGUUGUAAACUGCAAGAAUUCACCAGCAUGCAUGAGAACCAAUUAUAGUGAAGAUGAUCAGAUUCCAAUAUUUCGCACCGUAAUGCGAAAGAAAAAUCAUUUGGGACGUUCGCAUUCUACGGACAGACAAAGCUUCAGUCGAAUAAUUCAGCAAAUGGCGACGCCAUCCGAAAUGCUUUGCAGUGAUGAAAAAAAAGAAAAUGGGGAUGAAUUUGAUCAGCAAAGAGCUGUACCCGAUUCUUUAUAAGAAUGGGAGACAACCACUGAAGCUUAAUGAUUAUUGUAACUGAAAUCCGGACUAGUCUUACAUUUCCAUAAAUUCAAUCUAGAAUGCUGAACAUCGACAGCAUUGUUUCUCGUAAAAUAGUGGCGCCCAGG